CCAUAGCCUCAGCUCUUAAAACCGUUAUUCUAAAUAGCACUGGCAACGGUAAUGACGUCCGCUUCCCGUAUCACUUUUUCCAAUGCUUCGUGAGAGAGGAAAAAUAGUUUGGGAAGAUUAUACUGCAUUUCCUUGCUGUUACUGAAGCUCAUAAUCAUGCGCCACAAUCUUCUUCUUUGCCUCUCCACCCAACAAAUCAAGCCACUGAUGAGAAAAACCCUCAAUAAACCCCUUCUUACCUUCACACCAUCUCUUAUACCCCAACACCACCACUACUCCAAUGCCAAACCCCCUUCUCCCGUACCAAAACCCAAUAACCCAUCUGCAAAAUCACAUUUUAUCUCAAAUCCCAAGUGGGUUUUCACGAAUACCUCUCCUCUCCCACCGCCUGAAUGGGUUCAACCCUUUACUGAUCUCUCAGACCUGAUUAAAGACCCCAGAAACCUCCAGCCUUCCCCAUGGGUCCCUCAAAUUCUCAAUCUUUUAGAUGGUUCACCAGCCAUGGAGCAGAAUUUAUCCACUUAUUGCCACAAGUUCUUGAUCAAAUUGUCACCAAAUUUUAUUGCUUUCUUGCUAAAAUCUGAGAAGCUUGCUGAGCAGAGUGUCAAAGAUACCGCCUUUCGGCUUUUUGUCUGGGCUGGUAAGCAAACAGGCUAUGCUCACACUCUUGAUUGUUAUGUUUCUUUGAUUGAAGUUUUGUCUGUUUCAAGUGACUUUGAUAGAAUAAGUUGUAUUUUUGGUGAAUUGAAAGAUAAGAGCUUUUUGAUAAAUGUGAAUGCUGCUAAUUCUUUGAUUAGGAGUUUUGGGAAUCUAGGAUUGGUUGAGAAGUUGUUGUGGGUGUGGAGGAAAAUGAAAGAGAGUGGUGUUGAGCCUAGUUUGUAUUCUUAUAAUUUUCUGAUCAAUGGGUUGGUGAAUGCCAUGUUUAUUGAGUCAGCCGAACGGGUUUUUGAGGUUAUGGAAUGUGGGAAGAUUUUGCCAGACAUUGUUACAUAUAAUACGAUGAUUAAGGGGUAUUGUAAAUCAGGGAAGGUUGUGAAAGCCUUAGAGAAGUUUAGAGAAAUGGAGGUGCAAAAUGUGGAACCAGAUAAGAUCACGUAUAUGACCUUGAUUCAGGCAUAUUACUCAGAGGGGGAUUUCAAUUCUUCUUUAGGACUUUAUCAUGAAAUGGAGGAGAAAGAAUUGGAGGUUCCACCCCAUGCCUAUAGCUUAGUUAUAGGAGGACUUUGUAAAGAUGGAAAAUCUUUUGAAGCAUAUGCUGUUUUCGAGAAUAUGUGUCGUAGAGGAUCUAAACCUAAUGUGGCUAUUUAUACUGCUUUAAUUGAUUCAUAUGUUAAGAAUGGGAACCUUGAAGGAGCAAUGAAGAUUUUUGACAGUAUGAAGCAUGAGGGUUUUGAACCAGAUGAAGUUACAUAUGGAGUCAUUGUUAAUGGUUUAUGCAAGAAUGGUAGGUUAGUUGAAGCCAUGCAAUGGUUCGAAUAUUGUGAAAGUAAUAAUGUCCCUAUUAAUGCUGUGCUUUACUCGAGUCUCAUUGAUGGCCUUGGAAAGGCAGGGAGAGUAGCAGAGGCUGAGAAGCUGUUUCAUGAGAUGGUUGAGAAGGGAUGUCCUCAGGAUUCUUAUUGUUAUAAUGUGCUUAUUGAUGCCUUGGCUAAAACUGGGAAAGUUGAUGAAGCUUUGGUAUAUUUUAAGAGAAUGGGAGAUGAAGGUUGUAAUCCAACAGUCUAUACGUACACAAUUUUAAUAACUGGCUUGUUCAAAGAGCAUCGCAAUGAAGAGGCCUUAAAGUUAUGGGAUGCAAUGAUUGAUAAGGGCAUAACUCCAACUGCUGCUUCUUUUAGAGCUCUUUCAACUGGGCUUUGUCUUUCUGGUAAAGUUGCAAGAGCUUGUAAGAUUUUGGAUGAUUUGGCACCAAUGGGUGUUGUCCUGGAGACAGCUGUUGAAGAAAUGAUUAAUGUUCUAUGCAAAGCAGGUCGUAUAGAACAAGCUUGCAAGUUAGCCGAUGGGGUAGUUGAUCGUGGUCGGGAAGUUCCGGGUAGGGUUCGCACUAUUUUAAUCAAUGCCUUGAGAAAGGCAGGAAAUGCAGACUUGGCAAUGAAAUUGAUGCAUAGUAAGAUUGGUAUAGGUUAUGAUAGAAUGGGAAGCAUUAAACGACGAGUAAAGUUUCGGAUUCUGGUUGAAGAUUGAUUCUUGGGUUGUGGCAAACUUUGUAUGAAAUGAAGUGUGGGUUCUUCACUGGCUACAAUAUCUCAGAGCUUGCUAUCGUCAAACGAAGCUCCAAUUUUUUAAAGCUGACUGAGCCUUUACCAUGCUUCUACUUUGUUGAUAUGCCCUCUUUCUUCAGUUAGACCUUGAAUGGUCCGGUAAUCAGCUUCUUAUAACCAUCCAAGUCAGCCUACAACUGCAAGAUUUAGAAAGGACUAAAUGUAUGCAAGUUUCCUCUGCCUGAUUUUGAACCAUGGAGACCAUGGUGAAGCAACCUUGUUGGAUGACGGAGGAGGAAGGAUGCUGUACAUCUGGAGACAAAUGGUGCAGAAUCACAAUAAACAGAUGUUUCAAGCAUUAGAGCAUAAACGGUAAUUGCAUGUGACACCACGUGAUAUUGUUUGAUCUUCUUUCCAAGAUUGGAAAUGAUCUUCUUAUAUGAUUAGGGCGAUGCAGUGCGUGGCCAGGUGCAAUGUGAUCUGGUGGAUUCCGAUUUGUCCAUAAUGAUUGUAUGGUACCUUGAUGUCUACAGGACACAUGGCUUGCCCAAUAGAGUGACGAGUUGCUUUCGGUAUAAAAGUAAAACAGGUGGUUGUUGUGGAAGAUUUCCUUCCAUGAUUUACCAUGUCUGGGAUUCUCAGGUCCAAUAUAGCAAAGAAGGGCGGAUAUUCGUCUGUCAUUUGGCAGUUGACAAGACAUGGUUAAAUUGUUUUCUACACUGAAGGUAUUGGUACAGUUGCGCAUGGUGGGGAAUGAAGCUCACAUAUGAAGGUUGUCAGCUGUCCUGCUUGUAUGCACAAACAAAAGGAUGUGGUGCUCGUUUUCCUCCUCCAAUGAAUGGCUAUGACUUGAGAGUUCAACCCACUGUGCCCUUGUCUCCAACAACUCUCUAGCAAUGUAUAUGAAGAAUAGCUAAGUUGGUAAUGGCUGCCUUGUAAAUGUUGCUGUCUCAAGUGUCCAUUAUAGCAAGAAUGUUGUCCAGAUGGUGACAUUAAAGGGUUUGUUCCCCUUGUUCUCCAUUAAAGAUAGUUUUGAUCAUAGGUCAGAAAAUGAUGAAAUCUUAGUACAAUUCUUUUGAAAAAAAAACCCUGAAAUUUUGGAGUUAUUGAAGAAAUUCAAGUGAAAUAUAUUUCAAAACAAAUUCUGUUA